AUGUUCGUGCUCACGCGCCUAUCGGACGUCAUUCCUGUGGCGCCGUCGCUCUUUGACGCAGACUAUACCCAGGUCCUUAUUGAAGAGAUCGACCGCAAAUACGCCAACAAAGUCAUCGCUGAUGUCGGACUAUGCGUGACGCUGUACGACUUUGUGCGCAUUGGCGACGCGUUCGUGCACCCGUCGGACGGCACGUCGCACUCGCACGUGGAAUUUCGGAUGAUCGUCUUCCGUCCGUUUGUGGGCGAAGUGCUAAAGGGACGGAUCGUGAGCUGCACGGACGAGCACAUUCGCGUAUCCAUGGACUUUGUGCACGACAUUAUCAUACCGUCUUAUGCUCUCCAGACGCCGUCGUACUAUGAUACGGCAGAGAAGUUGUGGGUGUGGAAGUACUCAGAUGGACAAGAGAAGUUCUACAUGGACUUGCACGAGGAGAUUCGCUUUCGAGUUACCAACAUUAACUUUACGCGUGUGACGAAGACAGCUAAAGGCAUUCAAGCUACGACAACAGAGGCAACAGAUAAGGCGGAGAAGGACGUUAGCGCAGGAGACAUGCGACAGUCAUUGGCCCGCCGACGGUCUUCGAGCGUAGAUCUUUCGGAUAACGAUCCUACGCCAUCAGCCAUACACAUCUUGGGAUCAAUCGACGAAGAUGGUCUCGGCUUGUCGUCCUGGUGGACGAGUUAA